AUGGUUCCCAAGACUCUUCUCCUUGUUGCCUCCCUCAUGGGAGCGGCGUUGGCUGCCCCUCCGUUCGCCGGUGCCAGACCCUCUAAGCCGUGCAAGCCAUCGCAGAGCUCGUCUUCUGCUCUGGCUCCGGCAAGCACCUCCGCUGCCACCUCGGCCGGUACAUCUGCUGUCGCUACUCCUACCACCGUUGCAGACCCAGUCGCCACUCCUACUCUUCCCAGCACUGGUGCCACCGAUCUGCCCAACCCUCCUGAGGGGGUUGUGCUGAAGCACAUUGCUGUCGGCCACGGACUGCAGAACUACACGUGCGCCAACACCUCGUCCACGGCCGCCGCCACCGGCGCCCUAGCCGUUCUGUACGACAUCACGUCUCUGUACCCCGGCACCGCAGGCACUGGCCUGACCGAGGAGGGCUUCGCCGGCCUCUCGUCGACCGUGCUCUUCUCGCAGACCAUCCCCCUGAACCUGGCGGACCCCAGCGCCGCAGACCCGGCGACGCCCGCGCUGCCCGAGGCCUCGUACGGCGCGACGGCCGACCCGUUCCCUGCGCCCGCCGACCUCGUCAUCUCCGGCAUGGACCCCAUCGCCUUCCUGGGCCGCCACUACUUCGACGCCGCCGGCACGCCCACCUUUGACCUGUCCGCCUCCGGCCUCUUCUUCAGCGGCGCCAAGGCCGGCGGCGUCAAGGCCCCCGCCGACGCCGACAAGGGCAUCCUGUCCACCGGCGCCGUCGACUGGCUGCAGCUCGGCGACAGCGGCAAGGGCCUCAGCUCCGGCGUCAGCUACGUCUACCGCGUCGUCACGGCCGGCGGUGUUGCCCAGACCUGCGACGUCAGCGGAGCCGGCGCGGGCAGCGUUCCCUACACUGCCCAGUACUGGUUCUUUGGUCCCUCGGAGUAA